AUGGAUCUAGGCAAACUACUGUGGACUCUUCUAUUCAUGGAAGCAUUGUGUCCCCACAUGACUAAUGCAGUAAGUCGAGUCUACUAUGUAGGAAUUCGGGACAUUGAGUGGAAUUAUGCUCCAAAGGGAAGGAAUGCCAUCACAAACCAACCUCUGGACAGUGACAUAGUAGCUUCCAACUUUAUAAAAUCUGGCAAGAAACGAAUAGGGAGCACCUAUAAGAAGACCAUCUAUAAAGGAUACAAAGAUGACUCAUUCAUGGAUGAAAUGACCCAGCCUUCCUGGUUGGGCUUUCUGGGACCAGUUAUAUGGGCUGAAGUGGGGGAUGUCAUUAGUGUUCAUUUGAAAAAUUUUGCUACUCGCCCCUACACCAUCCAUCCUCAUGGUGUUUUCUAUAAGAAAGAUUCAGAAGGUUCCCUAUAUCCAGAUGGUACCUCAGGUCAGCUAAAAGCUGAUGACGCUGUAAUGCCGGGAGGCAGCCAUAUCUACAACUGGACAGUACCUGAAGGACAUGCACCUACCGAUGCUGACCCAGCAUGCCUCACCUGGAUUUACCAUUCUCAUGUGGAUGCACCACGAGACAUUGCCACUGGCCUUAUUGGACCCCUUGUCACCUGUAAAAGAGGAACUCUGAAUGGGAAUUCUCCUCCUCGGAGACAGGACAUAGAAAAUGAUUUUUUUCUGCUCUUCAGUGUCAUUGAUGAGAAUCUUAGCUGGCAUAUCAAUGAAAAUAUUGCAACUUACUGCACAGGCCCUUGUUCAGUAGACAUAGAAGAUGAAGAUUUUCAGGAGAGCAAUAGAAUGCAUGCAAUAAAUGGUUUUAUCUUUGGGAAUUUACCAGAAUUGAUCAUGUGUGCACAAAAACCUGUGGCCUGGCACUUGUUUGGCAUGGGCAAUGAAGUUGAUGUCCACACAGCUUUCUUCCAAGGACAGAUGCUGACCAUCAGAGGCCACCAUACUGAUGUAGCUAAUCUAUUUCCAGCUACAUUUGUGACUGCUGAGAUGGUACCUCAGGAGCCUGGUAUCUGGCUAAUUAGCUGUCAAGUUAAUAGUCACUUGCGAGAUGGCAUGCAAGCACUCUACAAGAUUAAAUCUUGUUCCAUGGAUCCUCCUAUGAGCCUACUUACAGGAAGAGUCCGGGAGUACUUCAUUCAGGCCCAUGAGAUUCAGUGGGACUAUGGACCACUAGGAUAUGAUGGAAGUACCGGGACUAAUUUGAGGGACCCAGGAAGUGGCUCCAAUAAAUUCUUCCAGAAAAGCUCCAGUAGAAUUGGGGGGAAGUAUUGGAAAGUCCGAUAUGAAGCCUUCAAAGAUGAAACAUUCCAGGAAAGCUUGCAACUUGAAGAAGAUAAUCAUCUUGGGAUUCUGGGGCCAGUCAUCCGGGCUGAGGUGGGUGACACCAUUCAUGUGACUUUUUAUAACCGUGCCUCACAAACAUUCAGCAUACAGCCUCAUGGUGUCUUUUAUGAAAAAGACAACAAGGGAACUAUAUACAAUGAUGGCUUAUCUCACCAUGGAUUGGUGGCCAAGCCAUUUGAGAAAGUAAAAUACCACUGGAUAGUUCCCCCUCAGGCUGGACCCACUGCUCAGGAUCCUUCCUGUCUCACCUGGAUGUAUUUUUCUGCUGUGGAUCCCAUUCGAGAUACAAAUUCUGGCCUGGUAGGGCCUCUUCUUGUGUGCAAGGCAGGUGCCUUGGGUGCAGAUGGCAAACAGAUAGGAGUGGAUAAAGAAUUUUUUCUACUAUUUUCUGUUCUGGAUGAAAACAAUAGCUGGUACAGCAAUACCAAUCAAGUAGUGUCUAUGCUGAAUGAUCAUCUACUUUCAGAGGAUAUCAAGGCAUUCCAAGAUUCCAACCGGAUGCAUGCUAUUAAUGGAUUUCUGUUCUCCAAUCUGCCCAGGCUAGAUAUGUGUAAGGGUGAUGUGGUGGCCUGGCAUCUACUUGGCUUAGGCACAGAUACUGAUGUGCAUGGAGUCAUGUUCCAAGGAAACACUGUGCAGUUUCAGGGCAUGAGGAAAAAUUCAGCUAUGCUCUUUCCUCACACUUUCAUUACAGCUAUCAUGAAGCCUGACAGUCCUGGGAUAUUUGAAAUUUACUGCCAGGCAGCUAGCCACAGAGAAGCAGGGAUGAAAGCAAUUUAUAAUGUCUCCCAGUGCCCUGGCCACAAAUCCAUACCUCAACAACACUACCAGGCUGCAAGAACUUACUAUAUUAUGGCAGAGGAAAUACUGUGGGACUAUUGCCCUGACAGGAAGUGGGAACUGGAAUGGCACAACCAGUCUGCAGACAGUUAUAGUCAUGUCUUUCUGAGCAACAAAGAUGGUCUCCUGGGUUCUAAAUACAAGAAAGCUGUAUUUAGGGAAUAUACGGAUGGUUCAUUCAGAAUCCCUCGGCCAAGGACUGGAUCACAGGAGCACUUAGGACUCAUAGGUCCACUACUCAAAGGAGAGAUUGGUGAAAUCUUAACUGUGGUAUUCAAGAAUAAUGCCAGCCGCCCCUAUUCAGUGCAUGCUGAUGGAGUGCUAGAAUCCAGCAGUGGCUGGCCACUGGCUGCUGUACCUGGUGAAGUGAUCACGUAUCAAUGGAAUAUCCCAGAGAGAUCAGGCCCUGGGCCAAAUGAUUCUGCGUGUGUUUCUUGGAUUUAUUAUUCUUCAGUGAAUCCCAUCAAGGACAUGUAUACUGGUCUAGUUGGACCUUUGAUCAUCUGCAGAAAAGGUACUCUGGACGUCUAUGGAGAAAGGAAUGAUGUUGACCGAGAAUUUAGUUUGUUAUUCUUGAUCUUUGAUGAGAACAAGUCUUGGUAUUUAGAAGAAAAUAUGGCAACAUAUGGAUCCCAGGAACCAAGCAGUACUAAUCUACAAAAUGCCACAUUCUUGGAAAGCAAUAAAAUGCAUGCCAUUAAUGGAAAACUCUAUGCCAACCUCAAGGGUCUUAAAAUGUACCAAGGAGAACGAGUGGCCUGGUAUAUGUUGGCCAUGGGUGAAGAUAUCGACAUACACACUGUCCACUUCCAUGCAGAAAGCUUCAUCUAUAAGAAUGGAGAGAGCUACAGAGCAGAUGUUGUGGAUCUAUUCCCAGGGACAUUUGAAGUAGUGGAGAUGGUGGCCAGCAAUCCUGGAACAUGGCUAAUGCACUGUCAUGUGGCUGAUCAUGUUCAUGCUGGCAUGGAGACCCUUUUUACUGUUUUACCUAAAAUAGAACAAUUAAGCAGUAUGAUCACCAUCACUGAAAGUACUGGAAAAGCAAUACUUAGAGACCUUGAAGAAGGCAAUGUGAAUAUGCUGGGCAUGAAGAUCCCUUUAAAAAAUGUUGAGAUACUGGCAGCAAUCUUGAUUGCCAUGGAUACUGUACUUCUGAUAUCUAUUGUGGCUCUUGGUGGUGUGUUCUGGUACCAACAUCGGAAGAGACAGCUGCGGCGCAACAGGAGGUCCAUUUUGAAUGACAGUUUCACUCUUCUCUCCCUGAAGCAGUAA